AUGGCUCAAAUUCAGGAUUUUCAGGGGAUGCAAUAUUCCCGCGAUGGCCCCUCAUCCGAAAAGCUUGACUAUGGCUACUUCAACCAGCAGUAUGCCUCCUCACCCUACCAACAGGAACGCGACCUGAACCCUGCCAUGGUCAUUCAGCCAAAGGGAGACCAAGAUGUCAUCGGGGCUGUCAACUGGGCCAGGCAGAACAAGGUUGCCAUCGCUAACAUUCAGAUCGACCUCUCCAACACGUACAAGGACAUGAAGGUCCUCAACCCCAAGGUCCCUGUUGCCGAGGACAGGGCGCUCGUCUUUGUUGGUGUCAGCAAUCAGCUCAAGGACUUCAACGCCUAUCUCAGACAUAAUGGGCUCUUUGUUCCACACGGACAGUGCGCUUAUGUCUGUGUGGGUGGCCAUGGACAAACAGGUGGCUAUGGCCAGCUUGGCCGCAGCUUCGGCCUGUUUGGUGAUCAUAUCAGGACCAUUCGCAUGGUUUGCCACGACGGUGUCAUUCGAGAGAUCACCAAGGACAGCGAUGCUGAGCUCUUCCACGCCAUUCUUGGCGGCAGUCCCGGCAACUUUGGCAUCAUCACCCACUACAUCGUCGAGGUGUUCCAGGGCAAGAGUUACAUGGGGACUGUUGCUGGCCCCAACGGAAUCAAGGGUCCUCAUGGGAUGAAGGCCCUCUAUCUCUACAACCCCGACGUCCUCAAGAAGCUUCUCACUGAGGUGGCAAAGAUGGGGGAUGACGCCAAGUUUCCGCAAGGUUUUGACCUCUGUGUGAGUGUUCUCAGUACCGACUUUCCCGUCACAGUUCUGUUCCCAUCUUUGAAGGAUGCCAGCCUGUGGGAGAAGAUCCAGAACAAGAUCAAGCAAGCCCUUGCCGACGAUGUCCUGGACCUCCUUAACGGAGCUUUCCCAGCUAUCAUUGUUGUCUACGCUCAGUGGUGCCCUGUCAGCAAGACCGACAAGUACGAUAAGAGUGUUGAUGCUUGGUUCCAAAAGUUCCGAGACCUCAAAGAUUCCUUCAAGUUGCACACUCUGCGGAUUGAGGAGUCGGAAGCCGACGAGGACAUGUCCAAGAUGACCGGGCGAUGGAUCUUCCCCAAGCAGCGGGAGUUUGACCUUCCUUACGUCAAGCGCACAUACGCCACUAACUCGAGAACUCUUGAGAAGGAUGGCUGGGUCGAUUCUGUAGUUAGGCGUCUCGACUUGAUCUACAACCCACGCCAGAAGCUCGGCCACAACAAGGGUGAGGAUGAGUAUGAAGUCUACACCCAUUGCAAGCUCUCAGUUCAGAUCCAGUGCUUUGGAGGUGACAACUCGCGUUUUUGUACCGACAGGAACAACGGAACCUCUUACAGCUGGAGAGACUCCAGUGUUGUCCAGACACUCGACUGCUUCCACGAUCCUGGCGACAAGUACAAGCAGUACGCUCUCAACUGGCAGAAGGAGAACGACGCCAUCAUGGUUGGCCGUUCUAGUCCGUUCAGCAAGCAGGGCAAGCGUGUGCUCUGGGGGUCUUAUGGAGACUGGGAUCUUGGAAAGCCCGAGAUUUGGAAGUGUUACUAUGAGGAUGAGCCAAAGUAUCAGAGGUUGGGCAAGGCUAGGGGCAAGGCUGAUCCCAACGGCACCUUUACUGCGAACCCGUUCGCUGUCAAGGCUAUAAAUGGGGCCUAG